AUGGCGAGGAAUGUUGGUGAGGAGAAUAGGGCGAGAAUGCCAAGGAUUGCAAUCACGUUUACCGCUCUACUUACCUGCGCGAUGUCUCUCUCGAGCGACUUUUGGAGUAAACGGCUAGAGAAAAAGCUGGAGUCAUUGAACGCGCCACCCGCGGAAAGGCGCCCCCAAGCCCCUGCUGGAUUGGAGGUUACUGAGGAAGAUGCACCACCGGUGUAUCUUGAAUCUAUUCCAGAGAUGCCACCAGAUUAUCGCGAAAUUUUUCUCGAGCUAGAGGGAGCACUGGUCACCGAGGGAGCACUGGCCGCCGGGGGAACACCCGCUGCGGAAGGAACACAGGCCGCUGAGGGAACACCGGACCCGGAAGAAACACCAGUGACCGAGGAAACAUCAGCCACCGAGGGAGCACCGUCCGCUGGGGGGCCGCCGGCCGCCGGCGGGCCUCCUGAGUCCUUUCUACGUUUUUUGGUUCGCCUCGGAAAGAAAAUUCUUAGUAGCGUCUGGGGCUCGAUCCGUGAUUUCUUAUCCUUUAUUGGAAUAUUGGCGAAGAAGGUUGAAGAGCAGCCUGACUCAGCUCCCUUCGACCUUGAAAAGGAGAUUUUUGACAUGAGUGAAAAGCAAAAGGCAAGAGAUGCCGCGAGCAUUGACGAGGCGGGCAAAGCGUUGAAGGAGAACCUUCAAAAUCGGUCCCCGCAGGAGCAGCGCAGAGGAUUGACAGCAUGGGGGAAGAUGCUGGGGUGGGUGGGGGAUGCCUGGGAUGCCUUCAAGGGAUGGCUUCCGGAUCUGUCUGUUGGGGCUCUGAAGAGGCGGGGAGAACAACUCUCCAGCGGCAUCCGCGGUAUGAUGAUAAAGGUUGGCGAUGUUUUUCUCAAGGCAUGGAGGUGGCUAUCAGGUGGUGCUGGACCUUCGCUCUGA